UUGAUCGAGGGGCAGGAGUUUUCCGAUGCUGACUAUCAGAAGGCGUGUAGCGAUUAUCCGGCACGUCUUGUGGAAGCAGGUCAACGACUGACUGAGGAAGAGCGGGAGGCACUCAAUAAGACUGCCAGAAACCUAAAAGCCGAAAGCACUUGGCACAUUACUGCUGUUUACGACCCGAGGUGCACACUAUCGGUUGGAGAAUAUGCUUCUGAUGCUGACUAUCAGAAAGCGCGUAAGGCACGUAGUUUGUCGUUCUCGGACAUCAACGUGACCAAUACCGAGACGAAAGAGCACAUUCAGCGCGUUGAGGAGAUGGCACAGGGCAGGAUCACCGCUUACACAGACGAGAAAGAGCAAGCACUCCACAUUGGAAAUGGGUGA